GUGUGACCACAUCGACGCCGGAAUCAACGGAUAAGCACAUUCAAGUCGAUACAACCACGUGAUGGGCGUGAUAUGAUGCUGGCAAGACUCAUAUGAGGGGUAGCUUCAAGACCUGAGAUUCAUGAACUUGCUGCUACUCUUCAUUUACCAUCAAUAGUCAAAAUGGAUAUCUUCGCGACUCUUCCGCCAGAGCUAAUCGCUCCAAUCCUCAGCAAUUUACCCGAUCUUAGAAGUCUGUAUAGUAUCAUCAAAGCAUCACCAUACGUCUUCCAUUUUCUGACCGGGUCAAUGGGCGCUGAGGUUCUCGAUGAUGUCCUUGCAUUAUCAGCUCAGAACCUCACAUCGACACCUUGGGUACCACACAUCUUGCGCUUAGUAGCUCUCGUCAGGCAUUGUUCUAUGAUAAAUCAGCCAGCGGAUGAUCUUACCUCGUUGAUCAUCCAAUUCAUCAUGCCGACUACAUUCCAGAACGCUCAAGGCGAGCGCGUCCCAGAUCUUCGGUCUUGUCCACCAGAUUGUAUCCCACAUAUUCGUCUCCGUCAUGUUAUGGAAGGUCCCCGAGCAUUUACGCCACGUGAGAUGCUAUUACUCAUCCGAAAGACCAAUUUACUUUCGGAGGAGUGUUUUGAAUUCUUCCACCAGCGCAUCAAGGCUACUGAGCCGCAACACCUCACUGAUAAAUGCUACCAUCUCGGAACGCUGCCGUGGAACCGACGGCCAGACGGCCAGAUGUGGGGUCAGUCAUACACCAUUGAUGCUGGAGGCAAAGCGUCAUGGUAUGAGAUGCAACGAAUUACCCUAGGCUUCUGGUGUCUCCAACUGUGUUACGAGCUGAGCAAUGCGGCUUCUGAGAAACGGCUUGACUGGUCGGCAUCUGAUGUCGAGGCAAUUCGUGAUAUGGGAUCUGGAGAAACGUGCUUAUCAGGCCUCAAAAAGUCCAGCCUAUGGAUUGCCCGGGAGCCAUUGUGGGCUGCACUGCUCUAUGUUCGACAUUUGAAAGAGUCUUCAGAUGAAAGUACUUGUGUGGGAGAUACUGAUGAUGUGAACAAGGGGUUGAGCGUUUUCUUUAAUACUGGGUUCAGGCCGCUGAGAGGCAAACACUUACAACUACCGCCGCCAAAGUAUGAAGAUGCAAGGUUCGAGUGGCCAGUGGUCGUACCGCAUCCUCCCCCCUUAGUUUGCAUUGAUCAGAAAGAUGCCUUCACCUAUCAUUGUCACAAGGUACUUGUGGGAUGCAAGGGUCUGUGUUGGGCUGGGUCGCUAUUGUGUCCCAGAGGAACUCCUCGAUUGAGCGAAGGACUGUUAUUCCGGCCGUUCAGACGUUUAGGUUUCGGAAUUUGGGAUGAUGAACGGUUGAUCACGAUGGAGAUGCUUGACGACCCACAGAAUAAGAGACCGCGGAGGUUCCAUGUUUGGUGCCAGGAUCAAGUCUUUACCUGGACCAGUCUUUUGAGUCGUGAAGAGAAGGAAGAGUUGCGAGUGUAUCAAGAGGCGCUGCAAUUGAGGGAGGAACACAAGUUUGGGGAGUUGAUUGUCACGGGUACCUAGUUGACAUCCUGGAAUCGGGCCAUUGUAGUAUAUGAAUAUUGUCUGAGACAAAGAACGUUUGUGGGAGUGUUUUUCGUUUUUGUUAUUAAUGUCGACGAGAGCGUCAGUC